AUGACCUGGCGUCCCCAAGCCACUCCGGACGAGCAAGUGUUCGCAGCCAUGAAAGCUGCCAUCGCCAACGGCGCGACGAUCUGGUCCCCCUUGUCCAUUUACGGCAUGGCCCUGAAUGAGCUGACCGCUGGUCGUUCCCUCCUGCGUCGAUACUUCGAAACAUGUCCCGAGGGCACGUUAAAGGAGGGUGGGAGCGAGAGUAUUAAGCGGGCUAAUGCGGCUGUGCCGAUUAAGGUGGCGGAGGUUGAGUUCUCGUUUUGGGGUACAGAAGUUCAGCAUAAUGGAGUGGCUGGGACAUGUAUGGAAUUGGGGAUUCCGAUUCUGACAUACGCACCGCUUGGGUAUGGGUUUUGGACCGGCCAGGUCAAGUCUCUGGAAGAUAUUCUGAAGGGAGAUAUAAGGUUGUUGUUUGGGAGGUUUCAGGAAAAGAAUUUUCCCAAAAACCUUGAACUCGUUGACAAAGUGAAUGAUUUCGCUAAGGCAGAGGCGUGA